AUGUCGGACCCGUCUCUAUCACGUGUACCACCGCGUGAUCACGUAAAACGACGCAUUCGGAUGUUACGACAAGAUAAAAAUUUACCAUCAGCACCGAAUGAUCCAAAUUUUGCUUCGGUUCCAGUUUCAUUAACAAAAACUUUGCGUCAAGAUCAAUUUUUACGUUGUGAUACGGGGGCUGGUGAUGAUAGAAUAAUGGUAUUUGGUAGUACAGAACAGCUUGAUAUUUUACAGUCAGUGAAUGAUUUUCUUGUUGAUGGGACAUUCAAGUUAUAUAUUGGUCACGGUAUAUAUCGUGGUCACGUUGUCCCAGUACUUUAUGCACUAUUACGUCGGAAAAAUGCUGUAACGUAUCAACGUUUAAUCAACCAAAUAGUUGAAUUUUCACCACGCUGGUAUCCUCGAUCAUUUAUGCUUGAUUUUGAACAAGCAUGUAUUAAUGUUUUGGAUGCAAGUUUUCCCCAUAUUGCCCUGUCCGGAUGUUAUUUUCAUUUAAGACAAAGUAUCCAUCGUCAAAUUCAAAAGUGCGCCGAAGAAGAUGAAGAGGAAUUUCCAGAUGAUCAAGUCGCAGAGGAGGUCAGUCGAAAGAAAGCGCUUUGA